AUGGGCAACUCUUCCAACCCCGCACACAAGGCAGGCGUACCCCGAACUGGUCUCGUUUGGGGUAUCAACCGUGGACACAAGACUGAGCGACGAGUUCUUCCUCAGCGCCCCUCCCGAAGGAAGGGUGCCCAGACUCAGCGAACACAGAUCGUCAAGUCCGUCGUUCGUGAGGUGGCUGGUUUCGCUCCCUACGAGCGAAGGGCAAUGGAGCUGAUCCGAAACUCCAAGGACAAGCGCGCCAGGAAGUUCAUGAAGCGCCGUCUGGGCACUCUCCGCCGUGCCAAGUUCACAAUGGAGAGGCUGACCAACACCAUUGCCGAGCAGCGACGUGCUGGUCACUAA